AUGGACGAGUCCGCCUUGCAACUCGUCGCCAAAAUCGGCAACCAGCUCCGCCGUCAAACCCGCCCUAACAAGGACUCCGUCGUCAAAUCGCUCCAAGAGAUGGAUAGGUCGUGGCUAGUUACUGAUAGGAGAUCUUCUGAAUAUAAGUUUGGUGUUGAAAAUUUUCUUGAAUUUGCUUUGAGAAAUGCAAGAGAUCCCAAGCAGAUCAACUGCCCUUGCAUGUUAUGUGGAAAUGAUGAUAGCUAUUCUGUUCGGGUAGUUAAGGAUCAUUUAUUUGUUAACCGGAUUGAUCCGUCUUAUGUUAUUUGGAGUGAGCAUGGGGAGGCUACAUUGGUUUCAGAUAGUGAUAGUGAUCAUGGGAUGGACACAGAUUCAGAUGAAUCUGUGCAGGGUAAUAUGGAGAUAGAAAUGAAUAGUGACAUAGAGUUAGAUUUUGGAGAGGAUCAGGAACCCCCAGAUGAGUGCAACGAGUUUCAGUGGUUGGUUGAGGAGGCAAACAGACUGUUGUACCCCGGUUGUAAGUCGCACACCAAGUUCAAUGCACUUCUACGACUUCAAAACCUUAAAGCAAAACACCAUAUGAGUGAUGUCGCUUACUCUGAUUGGGUAGAAUUGAUAGGGGAUUUUCUUCCAUAA